ACGGCUACGCUAUCCAUAUCUCUCCUCGGCCUUGUGUGUACCACGGUUGUUGACCAGUGUUAGACGUGUUUGCCGUGGUUAUUCAUUAUGUUGGCUCGCGGAUGGGGUUAGAGAGCUCUGGUGGGGCCUCUCUCCAUCGCUGUCUUUCUCGACCCGGUGCUGAGGCCGAGGGGUGCCCCUUGCACCCACGAGCCGAGUGAGGAACGAGCAAGCGGCAGAGAAAACCCAACUCGUCCCGUCGGAAAGCGACUUGAGAGAGCAGAGGAAGGGCAUGGGGGUGUCCACUACACCGCCCCGGCUGCUUCUGCCGCCGCUGCUGCUGCUGCUGUCCACGCUGCUGGUGCCAUGCGCACCGUCGGUCGUGGAGGAACAUCGCCUGUCGGCAAUGCAUGGCUCGGUGAGGUCGUCCGGCUACCCGAAGCCGUACCCGAACGAGGCCCGGCAGACGUGGCGCAUCUCCGUGCCGUCGGGAUACCGCGUGCGACUGCAGUUCACGUCCUUCGACGUGGAGACGUCGUUUGGCUGCGAGUACGACUACAUCAAGGUGGAGGUGACAAAUGAGAUCCUGGGCCAGUUCUGCGGGCGAGAAAACGGGAACACAGCACCCAAGGCCGAGCCCAUGGUGACCCCGGGGAACGUGGUCGACAUCACCUUCGUGUCGGACUUCUCCAACGACGAGCGCUACACGGGCUUUGAGGUCUACUUCACCGCCGUGGACAUCGAUGAGUGCGAGGAAUACGCUCGCGUCGACGAGCUGGCGUGCGACCACAACUGCUUCAACUACCCCGGCGGUUUCCAGUGCUCCUGCCAGUACGGCUACGUUCUGGCAGACGAUAAUCGCUCCUGCACAGUGGAGUGUAGCAACCUCGUGUUCACAGAGCGGCAGGGCGAGUUGUCAAGCCCCGACUACCCCAGGCCCUACCCCAGGGCCUUGCAGUGCAAGUUCACGCUGCGUCUGGAGGAGGGCUUCACGUUCAGCCUCGCCUUCCAGGGGCCCUUCGACGUGGAGACCCACAAUGAGAUCGACACCUGCCCCUACGACAGCCUCACGAUUCGCUCGGGCGGCAAGGAGUGGGGGCCGCUAUGUGGGACGACCCUGCCCGACCCAAUCGAGACCAGGGGCUUCGAGGUCGAGGUCGUCUUUCGCAGUGACACGUCUGGACAGAACAAGGGCUGGAAUCUACGCUACACUGCUAAGAGUAUUCCGUGCUCUCAUGUGACUGCACCAGUGCAUGGCUCCAUCGAACCAGUGCAGGCCACUUACUCCUUCAAGGAUGAGGUGGUGUUCUCAUGCGACAUCGGCUACAGGCUGAUCCAGCAGGAAGAUGGCAAGGAGGUACCAGCGACUUUGCAAGUGGAAUGUCAGAAAGACGGCACGUGGAGCAGGGAGCCCCCCACUUGUCGCAUUGUCGACUGCGGGAAACCGGCACAGCCCAACAAAGGCUUUUGCGGUUCGCCGGACGUCACCACCUACAAGAGUGAAACGGAUUGCGGAUGCAUCGAUGCCUAUCACUUUACCACGGAAAUGAACGGUGUGUUCAUCUGUAAUGAGAGUGGACACUGGACCGACCCUCGCAGUGGAGAGAAAGUCCCAAAAUGUGAACCCGUGUGCGGAGAGCCCAAGCACGUGAUAAUGGAGUUGUCACGCGUCGUCGGCGGCCGCUCUGCGAGACCGGGGAACUUCCCGUGGCAGGUGCUCGUGAAGUUCAUGUCGGGGAGGAUGCUCGGCGGCGGCGGCGCCCUCCUCGGGGACCGCUGGGUGCUCACGGCGGCGCACGUUGUGGAGGACUACGCCGCGAACGAAACCACCGUCAUCCUGGGCUCCAUGAAGAGGGUGUCGCUCAACGAUAACCUGUUGGGAUCAACCCAGCACUAUACCGUGGACAAGAUCAUCAGCCACCCUGGCUACGAUCCCAAAUCGACGGGCUAUGACAACGACAUAGCGCUCAUCCGGCUGGCCGGCGACGCCGUCACCAUGACGGACAGCGUGAGGCCGAUUUGCCUCCCGACGGUGGUCGCGGGCGGCAGGGUGAACCCCGAGCUGUCGCCCAACGACGUGGCCUUCGUGUCGGGCUGGGGUCGCACGGCGGGAACCCUCGGCGCCAGGUUGGCGGACACCCUGCAGUACGUCGACCUGCCCGUCGUGCCGCAGGUCGAAUGCGAGAGGGCCAACAGCGGCAAGUGGAUCGCGGAGCUCAACACGAACUCGACGGUCACCGAGAACAUGUUCUGCGCCGGGUAUUCCGAGGGCGGCAAGGACUCUUGCCAGGGCGACAGCGGCGGACCCAUCGUCGUCGUCCAGGACACCAAGUGGUUCACGGUCGGCGUGGUGUCCUGGGGAAUGGGAUGCGCCAAGCCGGGCCUCUACGGCGUCUACACCCGCGUCGACAAGUACCUGGGCUGGCUGCGCGACGAGAUGGAGAAGAACGCCGUGAAGUCGGAUUACUAGCGGGCCCCACGAUCGCGACGCGGCUUUGAGCAGCGUCUUGUUGAAUUGGAUUCACGUUCUUCCACGCGGGCGUGUUUCCCGAUCCACGCGUUGCUCUUUCCGCGUCUCGGUUUCAUUCAGAGCACGCACCCCUCCGCGCUUUCGUCAUUCAUGUGCAUCACGAUCUUCCCGCUGUUGCACGAAGAUCAACGUUGCGUCCCGAACACGUGUAUUAUUCAUAGGGAUUAUAAUUUUCGCUGAUGAUACAGCAUUUCCCAUCUCGCGAUGGCUCGCCACGGUGCCUUACAAAUUGUCGCUGUUAUUAUUAUUCAGUUGUCCCGGAGCGCUUUGCAAUCGAAAAAGUGCGAAACGUGUAAGUCAAUAGCUGUGAAUUAAAGCAUCAUUAAUUGGCCAUCACUCAUCCACUGCUGGAUGAAGACCUCCCCCCCACGUCAUCCCCCAUCACGGUCGGGCGAUGCCGCAAUUAAUCUCCGGCACACGAGCGGAUACUUUAUUGCCUUGCCAGGUGAAACGUGAGUCGGAUGCCCCCCACCCCUCCGCACCCCAAGCGCCUUGACCAACCUGGCCCCUGCCAGCCUAGGGCGACCCUUGCCACCCGGCAGCAGAGCCGGUAUCCGAACCCGCGUUGUCUCCUCGCAACCCACGCGCAUAAAGGCCUCCUGAGCCCUACCGUUUGACGUCGAAAAUAAAAUCAUUCCGUUUGA